AUGCCUGUUGUGUGGCCAACCCUUUUGGAUCUCAGCAGGGAUGAAUGCAAAAGGAUCCUUCGAAAAUUGGAAUUGGAGGCAUAUGCUGGAGUUAUCAGUGCACUUCGGGCACAGGGGGAUCUCACCAAGGAAAAGAAAGAUCUUCUUGGAGAACUCUCAAAAGUUCUUAGCAUCUCAACAGAACGCCACCGUGCUGAAGUUCGGAGAGCAGUAAACGAUGAACGGUUAACAACAAUUGCACAUAAUAUGUCUGGACCUAAUAGCUCUUCAGAAUGGUCCAUUGAAGGUCGUCGAUUGGUACCACUGAUGCCCCGGCUGGUUCCUCAAACUGCCUUCACUGUGACAGCUAACGCUGUUGCCAAUGCAGCUGUCCAGCACAAUGCAUCUCUUCCAGCGCCUGCAGAGACAGGGAGCAAGGAAGUAGUGGUUUGCUAUUCCUACACAAGUACCACGUCAACCCCAACCUCUACCCCUGUUCCAAGUGGCAGCAUAGCAACGGUUAAGUCUCCAAGACCUGCCAGUCCUGCCUCCAAUGUAGUUGUCUUGCCAAGUGGAAGUACUGUUUAUGUCAAAAGUGUUAGCUGUUCAGAUGAAGAUGAAAAGCCCAGAAAACGCAGGCGAACAAACUCUUCUAGCUCCUCCCCUGUUGUCCUAAAGGAAGUUCCAAAAGCUGUUGUUCCCGUCUCAAAGACAAUCACUGUGCCUGUGAGUGGAAGUCCCAAGAUGAGCAAUAUCAUGCAGAGCAUUGCCAAUUCCUUACCACCUCACAUGUCUCCUGUGAAAAUAACCUUCACCAAACCAUCAACACAGACGACAAACACAACAACACAGAAGGUUAUUAUAGUGACCACAUCACCAAGUUCAACCUUCGUGCCCAAUAUUCUCUCCAAAUCCCAUAACUAUGCAGCAGUCACUAAGCUUGUACCAACAUCAGUAAUUGCUUCCACAACCCAGAAGCCACCGGUGGUCAUAACUGCUUCACAGUCCUCUCUGGUCAGUAGUAGCAGCAGUGGCAGCAGCAGUUCUACGCCUUCUCCUAUCCCUAAUACAGUAGCAGUAACAGCUGUGGUAUCUUCCACACCAUCUGUGGUCAUGUCAACAGUAGCACAAGGUGUAUCAACAUCAGCAAUCAAAAUGGCAUCAACCAGACUUCCUUCCCCCAAAAGCUUAGUGGGUACCCCAACUCAGAUUCUUGCACAGUUUCCUAAACAGCAUCAACAAUCUCCUAAGCAACAGUUACAUCAAGUGCAGCAACAGACACAGCAGCAGGUGGCUCAGCCUUCUUCAGUGUCUCAUCAGCAGCAGCCUCAGCAGUCUCCUUUGCCACCUGGUAUUAAGCCUACAAUUCAAAUCAAACAGGAGUCAGGUGUUAAAAUCAUCACACAACAAGUUCAACCCAGUAAAAUCUUACCCAAACCAGUGACAGCAACUCUGCCCACCAGUAGCAAUUCCCCUAUUAUGGUGGUUAGUAGUAAUGGUGCAAUAAUGACAACUAAACUGGUAACCACUCCUACUGGCACACAGGCAACCUACACCCGGCCAACAGUGAGCCCAUCCAUAGGUCGGAUGGCCGCCACCCCCGGAGCUGCAACGUAUGUGAAAACUACCAGUGGUAGCAUCAUUACAGUAGUACCCAAAUCAUUAGCGACCUUGGGAGGAAAGAUAAUUAGCAGUAAUAUAGUUUCUGGAACGACUACUAAAAUCACUACAAUCCCAAUGACUUCCAAGCCCAAUGUGAUUGUUGUGCAAAAGACUACAGGAAAAGGAACGACCAUUCAAGGCCUCCCGGGCAAAAAUGUUGUCACAACAUUGCUAAAUGCUGGAGGAGAAAAAACUAUUCAGACAGUGCCAACGGGAGCAAAGCCAGCUAUCAUCACUGCUACAAGACCCAUCACCAAAAUGAUUGUAACGCAACCAAAAGGAAUAGGUUCCACAGUUCAACCAGCAGCUAAAAUCAUCCCAACAAAAAUUGUUUAUGGGCAGCAAGGGAAAACACAGGUUCUUAUUAAACCCAAACCAGUAACAUUUCAAGCUACAGUUGUUAGUGAACAAACAAGGCAGCUAGUCACAGAAACAUUACAGCAAGCAUCCAGGGUGGCAGAGGCCAGUAAUUCUUCUAUUCAGGAGGGAAAAGAAGAACCACAAAGUUAUACAGAUAGCUCCUCUUCUACAGAGUCCUCCCAAAGUUCCCAAGAUUCCCAGCCUGUAGUUCAUGUAAUUGCUUCCCGGCGUCAGGAUUGGUCAGAACAUGAGAUUGCAAUGGAGACUAGCCCCACCAUAAUUUAUCAGGAUGUAUCCAGUGAAUCACAAUCAGCUACUUCAACAAUCAAAGCUCUGUUAGAACUCCAACAGACAACAGUAAAGGAAAAAUUGGAAUCUAAACCAAGACAACCUACUAUUGACUUGAGUCAAAUGGCAGUGCCUAUUCAGAUGACCCAGGAAAAGAGACAUUCUCCGGAGAGUCCAUCAAUUGCUGUAGUAGAGUCAGAACUAGUUGCUGAAUACAUCACUACUGUCAGCCAUCGCUCCCAGCCCCAACAGCCCUCCCAGCCCCAGCGGACACUACUCCAGCAUGUGGCUCAGUCACAGACUGCAACACAGACUUCAGUGGUGGUGAAGUCCAUUCCAGCAUCUUCCCCAGGAGCAAUCACCCACAUUAUGCAGCAGGCAUUAAGCAGCCACACUGCUUUUACCAAACACAGCGAGGAACUUGGAACUGAGGAGGGUGAGGUUGAAGAGAUGGACACUUUAGACCCUCAGACAGGUCUGUUUUACCGAUCUGCCCUGCCUCAGUCACAAUCUGCUAAACAGCAGAAACUUAGCCAGCCCCAGCUGGAACAGACUCAGCUGCAAGUGAAAACCCUGCAGUGCUUCCAGACUAAACAGAAGCAGACCAUCCACCUGCAGGCAGACCAGCUCCAGCACAAACUCCCGCAAAUGCCCCAGCUUUCCAUCAGGCAUCAGAAACUCACCCCUCUCCAGCAAGAACAAGCACAGCCCAAGCCAGACGCACAGCACACACAGCACCCUAUUGUGGCCAAAGACAGGCAGCUUCCUGCCGUAAUGGCACAGCCCCCGCAAACUGUAGUCCAGGUGCUUGCCGUGAAAGCCACACAGCAGCUCCCUAAACUGCAGCAGGCUCCGAACCAGCCAAAAAUCUACGUGCAGCCCCCAGCCCCCCAGAGCCAAAUGGCGCUCCCAGCCUCGUCAGAGAAACAGCCGGCCAGCCAGGUGGAGCAGCCAAUUAUAACCCAAGGAUCCUCUGUUACAAAGAUAACUUUUGAGGGGCGCCAGCCACCAACAGUUACAAAGAUAACUGGUGGCAGUUCUGUGCCUAAGCUGACAUCACCAGUUACAAGCAUAUCUCCCAUUCAGGCCUCUGAGAAGACAGCAGUGUCAGACAUUUUGAAAAUGUCUUUGAUGGAAGCUCAGAUCGAUACAAAUGUAGAGCAUAUGGUAGUGGAUUCCCCAAAGAAGGCUCUUGCCACUAGUAUGCUCGCUGGGGAAGCAGGAUCGUCAUCCUCCUCCCACGUGGUGGUGGCAGGGGUGGCGAAUUGCACUCCCCAGCAACAGAAAUGUAGAGAGUCCUGUUCAAGUCCAUCUGCUGCCGGCCCUCCCCUAACAACAAGGAAAAUCGAUGCAGCAGGAAUGCCUACCACAGGCCAGUUCAUGCAUAUUCAGAAUGUAGGACAAAAGAAAGCGGAAGAGAGCCCAGCAGAAAUUAUCAUCCAGGCCAUUCCCCAGUAUGCUAUUCCUUGUCACUCCAGCUCCAAUGUGGUGGUAGAGCCCAGCGGGCUCCUUGAGCUAAACAACUUCACCAGCCAGCAGUUGGAUGACGAGGAAACAGCAAUGGAGCAGGACAUAGACAGUAGCACAGAGGAUGGAACUGAGCCCAGUCCCUCUCAGAGUUCUGCUGAACGAUCCUAG